AUGCCCAAGAAAUGUAAGCCAAGGAGAAACACUGGUGAAAUGUCAUCAACGACUUCUCUUGCACUGGUGAGAUCAUCCUCUUCUACUCAGUCAGCUAAGAGCAAUACUGAUAAGUGUCUUUCAGUCAACAGUCAAUGGGAUAUUAAUCUCCAAGACUCGAUAGCCAUGCAGAGGAAAAUAUUUGUAAACCUCAGCAUCAUGGAAUACAAUCUGGCUGAAUUGGAACGAUUCCUAGUUACUAAGGGUUUAAAUCGUGCAGUAAGUUAA